AUGCAAGUCGGUAACGAAAAGACUAAUAGUACAAACAAGAUCUUUUCUGAAAGAGAAGAAAAAGAAGAUAUUACUGGGGAAACUGGUGAAAUCCUUAAUCCCACUAACUCUCCUACUAGCUCUUCUAACACUCCUAAAAAUAACGAAUCAUGGCAAAUUAUUAGUUUGUUUUUAGGUAACUCUGGUAAUAAAAAUAACGAAUCCAAUACUGGCGACAUUACUGCCAGCUCAGAUAAUAAUAAUAGUAAUAGCGAUGACUUUUCCAUUAGACAACGUACUAUCCAUACACCUGCUGCAAACGGUAGUUGUGAUGAUGAUAUUCUAUCUUUAAGUUCUGAUGCUAGCGAAGUUCUUGAUGAAGAUGACGACAGCAACAUAAAAAAGAACAAAUGUUUCACUUUAGCUGAGAUUAUCAACUGUCUAGGCAAGAACUCUAUUAUGAAGUGCACCAAAGUUAUUACUAAAUAUAUGUAUAACAUAAAACAAAUACUUUUAACAUGGAUUGAAAACUCUACAAAUAACAGAUAUAUUAGAAUUACUUAUAGCGGUCCUACCCAUAGCACUGUUAAUGCCGGUUCAGAUAAUAAUGCAGAGAAUAAUGAGAGUUUAAUUAGUUUAACAGUCUCUGUGCCAUUUUUAAAAAAAGUUGCUUAUGCACUUUCCGCUUUGUUUAUUUGUAGUGCUAUUGUUUAUUGUAAAUGGGAUUAUAUCAGUGAUAAAUUAAUUUUUUAUGGUUAUCCUACAAUUAAUUCUGGUGCCAUUGCUGGUAGUGGCAAAAACCCAUUGGUGAGCACUGAUAUUGAUAGUUGUGUUACCACCGAUGGUGAAAAGUUGCCACCUUUAUUGAUACCUGUUUCUAUUCCCUUGCCUAACCCUCGACAAUUAGAUCCAAGGGUACUUUACCAAAGAUUUACUAGAAUGUUUGAUCCAGUGAAUUUAGAUAACUGCUAUUCUACCAUCAAGAAUGGUAUUAGUAAUGGUGCUCACAAAACCUUUGAUUUCUGUAAAACGAAUACUAAUAAUUUAGGAGAUAGUUUACAUGAUCUCAAUGACCAAGUUUCCAAAAAUGUUCAUUCGGCAAAACAUUACAUUGAUUCUUUAAUUAACUCCUUUGAUUGA